ACAAACCGGUGCUGGAACACAGUACAAUCUGCUGGAACACAGUACAAUGUAAUGUCCAAUUUAGAAACAAGACUCCGUGUACGACUCGGUUCUCGGCUGGAAAUGAUGGUCCAGAAGCGUUACGCACAGUGGCUCCUCCGUGAGCGCAGUUAAAACGCGGUUGUUUGGCGUUUUCGCGCGCGCCGGUGCCUUAUGCAUGCGCGGAUGGGCGCCACAAUGCUGGAGCGCAACACGUCUCGGGAGCGGAUGGACUUCAGCUCUAACACUUCGGCUCACAUGGGCAGAGAGCAAGGGUUCGGUACGCCGGUGAUGGUGCUACUGGCCGCCGUCAUGCUGCUGCUCAUCUGCGUGAUCGUGCUGGGGAACGCGCUCGUUAUCCUCGCCUUCAAAACCGACCGGAGCUUGAGGAGGCAAAGCAACUACUUCCUCCUGAAUCUGGCCAUCUCAGACUUCCUAGUAGGUGCCUUUUGUAUUCCAGUUUAUUUGCCCUACAUCUUGACAGGCAAAUGGAUGCUGGGCCGAGGGCUGUGUAAGCUCUGGCUGGUGAUGGACUACCUCCUCUGCACCGCUUCCGUCUUUAACAUCGUCCUCAUCAGCUACGACCGUUUCCUCUCUGUCACCAGAGCGGUGUCGUACCGGGCAAGGCAAGGGAUGACCCGCAGCGCCCUGGCCAAGAUGGCUGCUGUUUGGGUUCUGUCUUUCCUCUUGUAUGGCCCAGCCAUCUUGCUGUGGGAAGAGGUAACAGGAGAGAGUCAUGUUCCAGAUGACGAGUGCUUUGCUGAGUUCUUUCACACUUGGUACUUCCUGCUGUCUGCCUCCACACUCGAGUUCUUUUUCCCCUUCCUGUCUGUGGCUUUCUUCAACCUCAGCAUAUACCGCAGCAUCCGCGAAAGGAGACUCCGUUACCAGCAAGACUCGUGCUUGCCCAAGAUCCGUGGCAUGACAUCCCCCAAGCGUGAGAGGCUUCGCUUGGUCUCCUACAUCUGCCGCGGCUCUCUCGUGACGAAGAAGACGAAGGCAGAAACAGAAAGUGAUAACUGUUCUUCCCCUGCAGGACGCCCUGACACACGGAGUAUACGAAGCACUCAAUGUACACGCCUCAUUCAGGACAAGAAGAUAGCAAAGUCUUUAGCCGUGAUCGUGUGUGUGUUUGCUGUGUGCUGGGCACCGUACACAUUGCUGAUGAUUAUACGUGCUGCCUGUAGGGGACGCUGUGUUUCACACAACUGGUACGAAGUGACAUUCUGGCUGCUGUGGCUCAACUCUGCCAUCAACCCAUUCCUGUAUCCACUCUGCCACAGCAGCUUCCGCAGGGCUUUUGCAAAAAUCCUUUGCCCUAAGCAGCGGACCACUGAAGCACCAUCAGAUAACGUCUCCAACAACCAGAGAUAGUCCAGCUCUCUCCCAUAGUUUUAGACAGACUAUUCUUUGAUAACUUGUCAGGGUUUGGGUGGACCCUAUCCAUUGUCUUACAUUGGUUUACUGAUCAGAAGAUUGGAGGUCAAACCUUAGCACUGCAGAACUGCCCCAGUUGUCACCUUGAGCAAGACCCUUAAUACUCUCUGCCCCAGGAGCAGUGUAUCAAGGGUGACUCUGCACUCUGACCCCAGCAACCUAAUCUGAGAUAUGUGAAGAAAAGGAGUUCACUGAAUAUACGUAUAUGUGACAAAAAAAAUGCUUCUUCUUUUAAAUUCUAUUCCUGGCAUGUUUUUGCUCAGAGAGGAAACCGGACAACCCAGAAGAAACCCACAAUUACCCCAGGCCUCUGAACCUUGAAAGGACCAACUCUACCAUUACAAAAUACUGUACAGUACAUUGAACCGGAUUUAAACCCAUGGACAGUUUCUUCUUUUAAACAAUUUAUAAAGGGUUUCAAACUACGUUUCAUACAGGAUAUGAACCAAUAAUCUCUCCAGCUAUUUAACUCAUACAGAUACUGUAUGCAUGUACGUACAUUACAAAAUGGCAACCAAAAACUUGUCUCCUGGUGCAGCCUUGCUUCUAAUGUAGAGAUCUAUUGUCUGAGGUUAAUCUGUAACAAAAACGAUAUUAUUCUUAUCUCAACAGGUCAUAUGAUGUCAAAUUCAGAAUUCAUUUCUACACUGUGGAUAGCUUUGGCGCUCAUAAAACAAGUCCUCAAAGAUACGUCUAACUGCAACUGCACUUUAUAUAACUAUAAACAACUGCUGAUUACAAACAUGACACUAAUUCUCUUUUCAUUCUCUUUUCAGCCUUUCUAUGAGGACACAUAGUCUUCGCAAAAAACAAGCAUGAAAAAAAAUGUAGGAAAAAGCGGUGGCCCAGAAGUGCAAAACAUUAAGAAACUGAAAAUGCUAUAGCAAAUUUAAAAACACAUCAGCAUUACAUCAAAAAGAAAAUGUAGGUUGUUAGCUGAUUGGGCAUAUGAUUAUUAUAUAAAAAUAUAUUUUCUAGUUAGACUGAGAACUGUUCAGUUUUUUAACUGAAAAACAUACCUAAAAUUUAAAUGUGAAGUUGCUAUAUAGAUUUAUUUAGGCUGUAAACAUCAUUCCACCAAUUCAACCGUUUCCUCAAAUUGAUGCAUUCAGUAGCCAAUCAGCAAAAAGCCAGUGAUGUUUAAUGAGGACCUUUCCUUUGUUUACAGAUAUUCUUGAAGUGUUUCUUAAUUUAAGGCUUGAUGUUGUGGUGUCUUGUUGCUUGUGUUUUUUGGUUGUCUCGUGUGUUUUUGUUUUUUUGUGUUUUCUGUACUUCUUUUGAUAUGCUUAUCUUAUUGUUGCUGUUGGGUUCUGCCAUUUAUGGUUGUGUGUUUGUUGUUGCUUCUUUCUGAUUUGCUGCUUUGUGUUAGGCUUAGUUAUGUUCUCUGUGUUUUAGCUUUAUAUUUCAAUUACAAAUAGGUGUUUUUGUUUGCUGCAUUUUCGAAUUUGCUCGUGUUUUCAGAUCUACUGUUGUUUUUUGUGCUUAUUGUGUAUUGGAGUUUAUUGCUGCAUUUUUCCAUUUAAUACCGUAUGUUUAUUUUUUUGUUUUCUUUUUAUUUUCUAGUUCUUUUUGAUUUGUUGUUUUGUUUUGAUUAACUACUGUGUUUGUGAGUUUGCUAAUGUUAGCUUUGUUGCUUUGGCUUCUGAUUUGCCUUUGCUUUGUUGUCCUAUUUUCUAAUUUGUGGCUGUGUGUAUUUGUUUUGUUAUGUAUUCUGAUUUGCUGUUGUUUUUUUAGUGUUGCUGUUAUGUUUUCUGAUUUGAGUUUGAUGUUUUGUUAUUUUUUCAUUAACAUUAUCAUUUUGUAUUCAGAUUUAGUGUGUUGCUUUUUUUUUUGUUAUGUCUAUUCAUUUGCUAUUGUCUUCUAAUGUAUUUUCUUUGGUUUAUUAAUGUUUUCGCACUUACAGACCACUGUAAAAAAUGUAUGAUAAGCAUAAAGCAGGCCUAGUGUAAAAUAAUGCACAACUGACACAAAUGUACAGUAUAUUGCUUCUCUGUAAAGUGUUUUAAGAAAAAGAGUUCUAAAUGUGCUUAACCACGCUCUGUGUUUAUAACUCCACCUUGUGGCAUUAUGAUGUUCGUGUACUGUACUGACUCUGUUAACUCUCAGACAGUAGUCUGGAUGAUGCUCUGCUAUAUAAACUCUGUAUAUACACAGUAUUAUUGUGGAAUCAGUGUAUUUACUGAAUUAUUUGUGCUGUAAAGUCUUGUGCAGGACAUUUCACCAGACUUUAGAACUUCUUCAGAGCUUAAGACAUAAUCGGAAGACUAGGAUUAAUAUUGAAGGUUGAGUAUAAGUGAAUUUUUUAUUGAGUUUUUUAACAUGGUUAUGUGGGCUUAUCUUAUACUUAUUACUUUAAACUGUCCAUUGUACUUGGAGAUUGCUGAUCCAUGUUUAACUCUUGCCAAGCUGAAUGUCAGUGUCAAGCAUUGUCUUUUUCAUUGUUUUGUGCUGGAAUGAAAGGAUACUAGCAGAAAAAAUCAGAAUGCAGGAACAUUGCAACUCUAUGUACUGUCAAUCACUCACUCAUCUUCUACCGCUUAUCCGAACUACCUCGGGUCACGGGGAGCCUGUGCUUAUCUCAGGCGUCAUUGGGCAUCAAGGCAGGAUACACCCUGGACGGACUGCCAACCUAAUCGCAGGGCACACACACUCUCAUUCACUCACGCAAUCACACACUAUGGACAAUUUUCCAGAGAUGCCAAUCAACCUACCAUGCAUGUCUUUGGACCGGGGGAGGAAACCGGAGUACCCGGAGGAAACCCCCAAGGCACGGGGAGAACAUGCAAACUCCAUACACACAAGGUGGAGGCGGGAAUCAAACCCCCAACCCUGGAGGUGUGAGGCGAACGUGCUAACCACUAAGCCA